AUGCGGGGCUCCCGCGCCGCCUUCCCGUGGCCCCUGCUGCUCCUGCUGCAGUCUACCUGGGCAGUUCUGAAGGUGGAAGUGCCCCAGUCCUCGAUCCGUGCCUUGCCUUUAUCUGAUCUACGGCUGUCGUGUAACUUCUCAGACCCAAGGCCCGUAACCCUGACUGACCUAGCUGUAUUUUGGAAAAGAGACCAAGAGACAGUUGCCAAGUAUUUGGCCGGAAAAUUCACAGCAACAAGGCCCAGGGCAGAGAUGUCCGACGAGCGGCUGCGGGCGGGCGAUGCUUCCCUGCUUCUCCCACGGAUCCAGGACGCCGAUUCUGGGGUUUACACGUGUGUUGUUGUUUUCACGCCUGAAAAAGACGAGGGAAGCUUUGACUUGAAGCUGGAAGCUGAGCCACACGUAGCGCUCGGAUCCACGAAGCUGCAACUUGGCAAGCGGGCGGCACUGACCUGCACGGCAUCGGGUUUUUACCCCGGCAACAUCACUGUGGAAUGGCUGAAAGAUGGGGCGGUGGUGGAAGGCCCCCGAACGUCCCUUCACCACAUCAGUCCGAAUGGCUUAUACAAUGCGAGCAGCGUCUGGGAACUCACGCCAGGCCUCGCCGACUCGAACGCCAACUUCUCAUGCCGCGUCAGGCACCAAUCGCUGGAAGGCCCGCUCAAAGAAGACUUCCAGAUCCAAUUGCAAGCUCUCCCAAGCCUUCAGGUUUUCACCUUUGUGUCAGGGGACACCCUCGAAGUGCUCCGGUGCCUGGCGAGUGGAUUUUACCCCCAGGACGUUCACAUUCGUUGGCUGCGAAACGGGGCGCCUCAACCGCCGACAGAAUCUCUACCCCAGACGCUGCCUAACGGGACAUUCUCCAUGCAGAGCGUCCUCUGGCUCCAAGAGACGGACCCCAGAGUCAGCUACAUCUGCCAGGUGCAACACAAAGUGUGGGAUGCCCCGCUGGAGUUGGCAGCCCCUUGGCAACCGAAAGGGGAAGGUGAUGGACUUCCUUGCCCUACACCCCAGCGCCCCCAGAGUUCAGGGACGGAAGUGGUGCCCUGUUCAUGCUCACUCACACUGACCCAUUCAUCUCCAGCUUCUGCUACAGGGACCGUUGCUAUUUGGACUUGGCCAGUGCUCGUGCUCGGGUUCGCGCUUUGCCUCCUAGGUGGAGUCAUGCUGUGUUUGACUUAUAGGAAACGCAAGAAUAAGUCAUAUCCAGAUACCAAGGUCAAUCAGAAUCCUGAAUCGGUCAAUCUGAAUCCUGCAUCGGAAGAAGCCAUAUCGAAGACAGAAAACGACUUUGCCCCCAGCGGCACAACUACGUCGAUGUGA